CUUAAAUGUUUCUUUGUCAGGGUUUAUGGUUCUAUGAAGAACCUUUAUGAAACAUUUCCAUUACACUAAAGGUUUCUUUGUAGUUGAAAAAAGUUCUAUAGACUGUAGAAAUGUUCCUUAUGGCCCAGAAAAAAAAUGGUUCUUUUAAGAACUGUACUUUAGUCUAAAUGUUGCUUAUGGCACUCAGAAAAAGUGUUUUUGUAUGAACCAUUUUCUGAAAGGUUCUUUGGGGAACCAGAAAACUUCUGUGGCAUCACUGCAAAAAAUCCUUGUUGGUUCUACUUGGCAGCUUUAUUUUUAAGAUAAAUAGCAGGAUAAAAUCUGUCACAGAGCUUGUUUACAGUGCAGUGGACUCCAAUGUGUGAAUAAACAAGUGAUCAGUCUGUCGGAGGAGAAGGAAGAGAGAAGAUGUUCAGCUCCGGUAGCGCCGUCAUUAACCUGCGUUACGCGCUAGAUGUAGUGAAUAACGAACGAGUCCAAACCGAAGAGAGAAAGUUUAUGAACCGUGCCCCUCCCCCUGAACAUUUUGCUGAGUAUUUACACCAAUUUGGGACCUGUGACGUUACUGCUGGUGUAAUUGGGCUGUGCUAAAUGACACCCCAGCGCGUGGACUCUCCGUCCACGCGCCAUCUGCUUUAGUUCGAGUUGAGGGAGCGCGCUGUGCGCAUUAGCCAAUGCAACUUUGUGCUGCACGCAACUCUGAGUUAGUGGCUUCGCGCAGCUUUGUGGCACUUCUUGCUUAGUUUCAUCGGGUUUGUUUUACUUCAGCUGAUCAGAUUUUGGAGCAGUGUCCUAAUCCAGCGCAUCAGGAGAGUAGAAGAUGCAGACACUGAGGACUCUCUUCCUCGUUCUGGCCGUGCUCUGCACUCCGGUCUCCAGCCUGUGUUUGCGCGCGUACGACAGCGACUCGGGCUUCCUCUGCGACGGCGAGCUUCUUUCCAGCGCGAGCGCGGACGCGGACGCGGAGCGGGUCGUCGAGGCGCCGUACGACGGCGACGAGUCGUCCGAGGAGUCGCGAGAGCGGCGGACUUUACCCGGCUCCAGCUACAAGUUUCUGAGCCACACCUUGCUCAGGAGCAAGAUGUACGGCAACGGCGCGAGGAGUGACCGGCGCAGCAGGGUGACUCUGUCCCUGGACGUGCCCACCAACCUGAUGAACGCGCUCUUCGACAUCGCCAGAGCCAAGAACCUGCGCGCCAAAGCUGCGCACAACGCGCGCCUCAUGGCGCAGAUCGGCAAGAGGAGGUGAACUUCCUGCGAGCGCUUCCUGGGCUUUCUUUCUUUUCUUUCUUUAAUUUUUUUAACUUGUGUGUGUGUGUGUUAAUUAAUAUGAUUUGAUUGCCUCAAGCAUUAGCAAUAACAUAAAGCACAGCACGGACAUGUAAGUGAGAUGAACCGAGAUGUUCAUAUAUAUCUAAUUUAGAGACCUUUGGCUUUAA